CUGGCUUCUUGUGUACCUUCUGGGUUUGUUUUUUUAAUUGAAGGAAUCCGCAGUCUGUCAUUAAUGUUGGAGUAUUAAUAUCCAGGACAUAAUCUUUUAUUCGGUCUAUGCACAAUUUGUUUUAAAUCUGUGACUAUUUUACAAUGAACGGACAGAGUGAUGACGAAAGCAACAGUAGUGGAAAGUCAAGCCAUUCCGAUGAUGACUCUGGUUCAGGAUCUGGAUCUAGCUCUGGAAGCAGUAGCGAUGGCAGCAGCAGCCAAUCUGGGAGCAGUGAUUCGGAAAGUGGCUCAGAGUCUGGUAACCAAUCAGACUCUGAUUCAGAAAGCUCAGGAGAGGCGAAAACCAUCCAGUCAAAGCCACCAAGGUUGGAUGGUGCUGAGUUCUGGAAAUCAAACCCCAGUAUCCUUGCUGUGCAGAGAUCUGCUAUGCUGAGAAAGCAGCAACAGCAGCAACUGCAGAGGCCACCGGCGUCCUCAAACAGCGGCUCAGAAGAGGAUUCAUCUAGCAGUGAUAAUUCAGAUGAGGAUUCCUCCAGUGACCACAAGAAAAAACGCAAAGAUGAAGAUUGGCAGAUGUCCGGCUCAGGUUCUGGUAGUGGCUCUCCAACGUCAAGUUCCAGUUCAGAUUCCGACACGGGGGGGGAUAGACAGAAAAGCAGCAAUAGGGACAGCGAAUCUGAUUAUGAACCGAGCCGUAAAGUUAAGAAAGCUCAAAACAGGUCCAAAGCCAAAAAUGGAAAGAAGAGUUCUAGUCAAAAGAAGAGAGAGGCAGAUUCAUCUGAUGAUGACGAUGACUAUGAUAAAAGGGCCUCUCGGAGGCAAGCCACUGUUAAUGUUAGCUAUAAAGAAGAUGAAGAGAUGAAGACUGAUUCUGAUGACCUUUUGGAAGUAUGCGGGGAAGAUGUUCCUCAGCCUGAAGAAGAUGAAUUUGAAACCAUAGAAAGAGUAAUGGAUUCCCGAUUUGCGCGGAAAGGAGUUACUGGUGGAACUACGACUAUUUAUGCAGUGGAGGCAGAUGGCGAUCCAAAUGCUGGGUUUGACAAGACAAAGGAACAAGGAGAGACCCACUAUCUAAUCAAAUGGAAAGGUUGGUCCAGUAUCCACAACACUUGGGAAACCGAGGAGACUCUAAAACAGCAGAACGUGAAAGGAAUGAAAAAAAUGGAAAAUUACAAGAAAAAGGAGCAAGAAACAAAAAGAUGGUUGAAAGCCGCGUCACCUGAAGAUAUUGAAUACUACAACUGUCAGCAGGAACUCACAGAUGAUCUUCAUAAGCAAUACCAGAUUGUGGAGAGAAUCAUAGCACAUUCAAACCAGAAAUCUGCAGCAGGAUAUCCAGAUUAUUUUUGCAAAUGGCAAGGACUUCCUUAUUCUGAGUGCAGUUGGGAGGAUGGUGCGCUUAUUGCAAGAAAGUUUCAGGCACGCAUCGAUGAGUACAUAUGUCGAAAUCAAUCGAAGACCAUUCCUUUCAAGGAGUGCAAGGUAUUAAAGCAGAGACCGAGAUUUGUAGCCUUGAAGAAACAGCCAUCCUAUAUUGGUGGAAGCGACUCGCUCGAGCUAAGGGACUAUCAGCUAGAUGGUUUAAAUUGGCUAGCCCAUUCCUGGUGCAAAGGAAAUAGUUGUAUUCUAGCAGAUGAAAUGGGUUUGGGAAAAACGAUUCAGACCAUUUCCUUCUUAAAUUAUUUAUUCCACGAACACCAGCUCUACGGUCCUUUUUUAAUAGUCGUUCCACUUUCUACCCUCACAUCCUGGCAAAGGGAAAUUCAGAUCUGGGCACCAUUAAUGAACGCCGUGGUUUACCUGGGUGACAUUAACAGCAGAAAUGUGAUCCGCACCCACGAAUGGAUGCACCCACAAACUAAGAGAUUAAAAUUCAAUAUACUUUUAACAACAUAUGAGAUACUGCUAAAGGACAAGUCUUUUUUAGGUGGCGUUAACUGGGCUUUCAUAGGAGUUGAUGAAGCCCAUCGAUUAAAAAAUGAUGAUUCUUUGCUGUACAAGUCGUUAAUUGAUUUUAAAUCUAAUAAUCGUCUUCUGAUCACUGGAACUCCGUUGCAGAACUCACUCAAAGAGCUUUGGUCUUUACUUCACUUCAUCAUGUCUGAAAAGUUCUCUUCUUGGGAAGACUUUGAAGAGGAACAUGGGAAAGGUAGAGAGUAUGGUUAUGCCAGUCUUCACAAAGAACUUGAGCCAUUCCUUCUGAGAAGAGUAAAGAAAGAUGUGGAAAAGUCUUUACCCGCUAAAGUAGAACAGAUAUUGAGGAUUGAAAUGAGUGCAUUGCAGAAACAGUACUACAAGUGGAUUUUGACAAGGAACUAUAAGGCCCUUAGCAAGGGUUCAAAGGGCAGUACCUCUGGCUUCUUAAACGUCAUGAUGGAGCUGAAAAAGUGUUGCAACCAUUGCUACCUCAUUAAGCCACCAGAUGAUGAAGAAUUCUACAACCGACAAGAAGCUUUACAGCAUUUAAUUAGAAGUAGUGGGAAGUUAAUCCUUCUUGAUAAAUUGUUGCUUCGUUUGAGAGAGCGUGGUAACCGGGUUUUGAUCUUCUCUCAAAUGGUGCGGAUGCUGGACAUCCUGGCAGAGUAUUUAAAGUCACGGCAAUUCCCUUUUCAGAGGCUAGAUGGUUCGAUUAAAGGAGAAAUCAGAAAGCAGGCACUGGAUCAUUUUAAUGCUGAGGGAUCCGAAGAUUUUUGCUUCUUGCUCUCGACCAGAGCUGGAGGUCUUGGAAUAAAUCUGGCAUCUGCAGAUACAGUCGUUAUUUUUGAUUCCGACUGGAACCCCCAGAAUGAUCUGCAAGCCCAAGCUAGAGCGCACAGAAUUGGACAAAAGAAACAGGUGAAUAUUUAUCGCCUUGUGACCAAGGGCUCCGUAGAGGAAGAGAUUAUUGAAAGGGCAAAGAAAAAAAUGGUUCUAGAUCAUCUAGUAAUUCAACGGAUGGACACCACAGGCAAAACUGUGUUACAUACUGGAUCAACACCUUCAAGUUCUACACCAUUUAAUAAAGAAGAACUUGCUGCUAUUUUAAAGUUUGGUGCUGAGGAACUUUUUAAAGAGCCUGAAGGAGAAGAGGAAGAACCGCAGGAAAUGGACAUUGAUGAAAUCUUGAACAGAGCAGAGACACGAGAAAAUGAAGGAGGCCCGUUAACGGUUGGGGAUGAGUUACUUUCCCAAUUUAAGGUUGCUAAUUUUUCAACUAUGGAAGAUGAUGACAUUGUGGAACCUGAACGGAACAUAAAAUCCUGGGAAGAUAUUAUUCCUAAUGACCAGAGGAGGCGAAUGGAAGAAGAAGAAAGACAGAAAGAGCUGCAGGAAAUUUAUCUUCUCCCGAGAAUGAGGAACUGUGCAAAGCAAGCAAGUUUUAAUGGAAGUGAAGGUCGACGCAGUAGAAAUAGAAGAUAUUCUGGAUCUGACAGUGAUUCAAUGUCGGAUCGAAAGAGACCAAAAAAACGUGGUCGGCCCAGGACUAUUCCAAGAGAGAACAUUAAAGGCUUUAGUGAUGCUGAGAUACGGAGAUUUAUCAAGAGUUACAAAAAGUUUGGGGGUCCACUUGAAAGGUUAGAUGCAAUAGCUCGAGAUGCCGAACUGGUGGAUAAAUCUGAAACAGACCUCCGCCGACUGGGAGAACUGGUACACAGCGGUUGCGUUAAAGCACUGAGGGAUAGCUCUUCUGGCACAGAAAGAAGUGGGGGAAGACGUGGGAAAAUGAAGGGUCCAACAUUCCGUAUCUCAGGGGUACAAGUUAAUGCCAAGCUUGUCAGUUCUCACGAAGAAGAGUUGGCUCCUCUGCAUAAAUCUAUUCCUUUGGAUCCUGAGGAGAGAAAAAGGUAUUUUAUGUCAUGCCACACCAAAGCCGCUCACUUUGAUAUUGACUGGGGCAAAGAAGAUGACUCUAAUCUUUUAAUUGGCAUCUAUGAAUAUGGAUAUGGCAGCUGGGAGAUGAUUAAAAUGGAUCCUGACCUCAACUUAACACAAAAGAUUUUACCCGAUGAUCCAGAUAAAAAGCCCCAGGCCAAGCAGUUACAAACAAGGGCAGACUACCUCAUUAAACUUCUUAGUAAGGAUUUAGCAAAGAAAGAAGCACAAAGACUUUCGGGAGGGGGAAGUUCAAAAAGAAGAAAAACAAGAACAAAAAAGAGCAAAAUGGCUAAGCCCAUAAAAGUUAAGGAAGAAAUAAAAAGUGAAUCGUCCCCUCCUAGUUCAGAAAAGUCAGAUGAGGAUGACAAGGAGGACAGUGCCUCUCCGAAAACACACAAUAAGAAAAUUAAACUUGAGAAAGACACAGAGGAGAUAAUAGAGCCUGAAGUAAUCGUGAAGAAAGAACCAGAGGAAAAGACAGAAGUAAAAGAAAGCAAAAAAGAGCUGAAGAAAGAGAAGAGAGAACGAGAAGAAAAGAGGGACUCGAGUGAAAAAGAAAGCAAAGACAAGAAAGAAACAAAAAUUAAAGAGCCAGUCAAAGAAGAAAAAGUUAUUGAAGUUAAACCUGAAAAAAAUAAGAAUAUAUCUGAUGAAACCCCGGUUCAUAUCACUGCCAGUAGUGAACCCGUACCGAUUUCAGAGGAAGCAGAAGAACUAGAUCAAAAGACGUUCAGUGUUUGUAAAGAAAGAAUGAGGCCUGUCAAAGCUGCAUUAAAACAGCUGGACCGACCCGAAAAGGGAUUAUCUGAGAGAGAACAACUCGAGCACACCAGGCAGUGCCUGAUCAAAAUCGGGGAUCACAUCACGGAGUGCUUAAAAGAGUACUCCAAUCCUGAACUUAUAAAACAGUGGAGAAAAAAUUUAUGGAUCUUUGUAUCAAAGUUCACUGAAUUUGAUGCCAGAAAGCUGCACAAAUUAUACAAACAUGCUAUCAAAAAACGCCAAGAAUCUCAGGUAACAAUGCACAAUGAUCAGAAUAUUAGCAGCACUGUGAACACAGUCAUACGACAUCCUGAAGUAGAAAGGCUAAAGGAGAAUACCAACCACGAUGAUAGCAGCAGCAGAGAUAGUUACUCCUCGGACAGAAAUGCAUCACAGUAUCAUGAUCAUCAUCAUAAAGAACGACACCAGAAUGAUUCUUAUAAGAAGAGUGAGUCUAGGAAAAGACCAUAUUCAAGCUUCAGCAAUGGGAAAGACCACCGAGACUGGGAUCACCACUACAAGCAGGACAGGUAUCACAGUGAAAGUAAACACAGAAAAUUGGACGACCACAGGAGCAGAGAUCAUAGGUCAAAUAUGGAAGGCAGUUUGAAAGAUCGGUCUCAUUCUGACCACCGAUCCCAUUCUGAUCACCGUUCACAUUCAGACCACCGCUCCAGUUCCGAUUACAGUCAUUCUAAAUCUUCCAGGGAUUAUCGGUACCAUUCAGACUGGCAGACGGAACAUCGGGCCUCUGGUAGCGCACCACGGUCCCCUUUGGACCAGAGGUCUCCUUAUGACUCACGGUCUCCCUUGGGGCGCAGGUCACCCUUUGAUUGUUCGUCUGAUCACAAAAGCACCCCAGAACAUAUAUGGAGCGGAAGGAAAACAUAACACGAGGAUGGGUGUCCUGAACUUGACUUUUGCCAUAUUGAGUAAAAUAUCACAGUGAUUGCCUUACAUGACUUGAAAGAAAUGGACUAGAUCUGCAGUGUGUCGCAGACAUUGUUACUACUUUCUAGAAUGCAAGGUCUAUUAUCACAACAGAACAGAGAAUAUUUUUGUACUUAAGGUAUAUGCUGCACUGCUGCAAAUGUGGCAUUUUUUUUUUUAAGAAAUAGAAGAUGUUUACUAUUUCGGAGACCUCAGCACUGCCCAUUUAGACUGAAUUUUAAUUAAAAGAAAAAAAUAAUAAAAAAAAAAAAUACAAAAUUGUUCACAUCAGAUAUCCAUGAACUGUAAAUUAACUCUGUUAACCUACGAUCAUGUUUCAUUGGAGGGAGCGAUUUCUUGGAAAAUGCUCUCAAAGACUUGGUUGACUAUCCAAAGCUAUUUGUUUACAUUGUACACUGCAACCACCUUGCCGCUUCUCAUCAUAUGCUUGAAUAUUUAAAUCCUGUACCUAACCUGUAAAAUAGCAAGUUUCUUUACUGUGAUCAAUUGUAAUGUUUUUUUAUUUUUACAAAGUAAACUGCUGUAAAUUAUUGUAAAUUAAUUAAAUGAACAAUUCUUCCUUU